AGGUCGACAUCCUUAUGUUAACUAUCACGUAUCGCGAUAUGUCAGAAGCGUUACCCCAUUUUCCAGCUGUACCUCAGUCGGUCGGGAUUUCGGAACCACGGGAGAAUCACCGGAAAGGGUUUUGGUGAUAAAACAGCACAUUUUGGAAGGAGAUACCGCAUUAUAUGGUUACAUAAACACGCAACGAGCUACUUUAUCCGGUAUUUCACGAUGGAAACUGAACUAUGAGGUGUUGUGUAGUGCAGAAGACUGAGUGAACCAUGGCACAGUUCCCCACCACAUUCACAGGUCCAGAUGUGUUUCUGAUCUCAGUGGAUGAGAGAGCCAAACAUGAUCAGCAGUUUCUCAGCCUCUCUCCGACUGCUGGGGGUUACAUCACAGGCGACCAAGCCAGGAACUUCUUCCUUCAAUCAGGGCUGCCCCCUCCCAUCCUGGCCCAAAUCUGGGCUCUGGCUGAUAUGAACAGCGAUGGUCGUAUGGACAUUCACGAGUUCUCCAUCGCCAUGAAACUCAUCAAAUUGAAACUCCAGGGUCACCCUCUACCCCCCGCGCUCCCUCCCAGUAUGAAACAACCCCCACUGACUUUACCCCCACAGGGUGGCUUUGGCAUGCCCCCCAUGCCCCCCAUCGCAGCUCCUCUGCCAGGUGUGCCUCCGCUCCCCCUGCCACCUCUCCCUGUCGGAGUGUCUCCUCCACUCGUCUCUUCCGCCCCUCCUGCUCUACCCCCGCCCAUCGCCAACGGAGCUCCCCCCACAGGCAUAAUGCAGCCCAUCUCAGGCUUCUCCCACCCAGCUCCCUCUGUCAACAAGUCCUCUUCAUUUAAUCGGUCCAGUGCAAAGUUGCAGAAGGGGUCGUCCUUGGACGCUGCUAGUGCUCAGCCCCCCCCUGAUUGGGCCGUUCCUCAGUCCUCCAGGCUGAAGUACAGACAGCUUUUUAACUCCCAUGACAAGAUGAUGAGUGGACACCUCACAGGUCCCCAGGCUCGCACUAUCCUGAUGCAGUCCAGUCUUCCUCAGGGCCAGCUGGCCACAAUAUGGAGUUUAUCAGAUAUUGACCAGGAUGGAAAGCUGACCGCCGAGGAGUUUAUCUUAGCCAUGCACCUCAUAGAUAUGGCUAUGUCAGGGUUACCGCUACCCCCUGUGUUACCACCAGAUUACCUCCCGCCCACAUUCAGGCGUGUGCGAAGUGACAGUGUUCAGUCGGACCAGAAGAGUGUCCAGGAGGAGGCAGAGGAGGAGGCGGAGUGCAGCCAGGACAAGAAACUACCAGUGACGUUUGAGGAUAAGAAAAGGGAGAACUUUGAGCGAGGAAACCUGGAGUUGGAGAAGAGACGUCAGGCUCUGCAGGAGCAGCAGAGGAAAGAGCAGGAGAGGCUGGCUGCCCUGGAAAGAGAGGAACAGGAGAGAAAGGAGCGUGAGCGUCUGGAGCAGGAGAGGAGACGACAACACGAACUAGAAAAACAACUGGAGAGACAGAGAGAGCUGGAGAGGCAGAGGGAAGAGGAAAGGCGCAAAGAGAUAGAGAGGAGAGAGGCUGCUAAGCGAGAAUUAGAGCGUCAGCGUCAGCUGGAGUGGGAGCGUCAACGUCGCCAGGAGCUUCUGACUCAAAGAAACAGAGAGCAGGAGAGUAUAGUGCUGCUCAAAGCCAGGAAGAAGACCCUGGAGUUUGAACUGGAGGCUUUGAAUGAUAAGAAGACGCAGUUGGAGGGCAAACUGAAGGAUGUUCGGUUUCGUCUGUCAGCUCAGCGGAGAGAAGUGGAGCAGACCAACCAGACAAGAGAAACACGCAUUGCUGAAAUCACCCUGCUACAACAGCAGCUGCAGGACUCGCAGCAGUGGUUGGGGAGGCUAAUUCCUGAUAAACAAAGUCUCAAUGACCAGCUGAAACAGGUUCAACAGAACAGUCUACAUCGUGACAGCCUGUCGUCCCUGCAGAAGGCUGUGGAGCAAAAGGAGACCAGCAGACAGCAGCUCAGAGAACAGCUAGAUGCUGUGGAGAGAGAGACGAGGGCCAAACUUCUGGAAAUAGACGCUUUCAACACCCAGCUGAAGGAACUGAGGGAGAUCCACAGUCGGCAGCAGAGGCAGAAACAGAGGGAGCUGGAAGGAGACAUACAGACACUGACACACACACACCCUCACAUACACACCCCGAUUGAGAGGAAGUCUGCUGAACUGCAGGACAGCAGGUUGUCAUCAGAGGAGGGCGUGGCCUGGAGGGAUGAAGCAGUGAGCUCUGCCCCCAACGCUCCCAGCCCCCCCUCCAUCUCUGCACCCCAUGCCUGGCUAAACAGAGUGACUCAGGAAGAGGAGGACAGGAAGAGGAGAGGGCUGGAGGAUGAGGAGGAAGAGGGCAAGAAGGGAGCAGGAAUAGCAGAAGAAAAGGAGGAUGAGGGGAGAGGCAAGAAGGACAUGCAGGAGAAACUGAACAAGCUGUUCAGCCAGCCGACCGACCCCUGGGCCUCAACGGUAGAGAAGGCUCCAGUCCCCAGUCUGUUUGACCAGAAAGCACCAGUCAGCAGCUUCGACCAGCAGCAGCAGCAGCCAGUGAAGGUGGUCUACUACAGGGCUCUAUAUCCAUUUGAUGCUCGCAGCCAUGAUGAGAUCAGUAUCGCCCCCGGAGACGUAAUCAUGGUGAAGGGGGAAUGGGUGGAUGAGUCCCAAACAGGUGAACCCGGCUGGCUGGGAGGAGAGCUCAGGGGUCGCACUGGUUGGUUUCCAGCCAAUUAUGCAGAACGGAUACCCGACAGCGAAGCACCGAUCAGCCUGCGCGCAACGGCCUCAGCCACACCCACCUCAGCCCAGCAGCCAAUGACCACGCCUCCCCCAGCACCUGGACACACCUCUUCCUCCACGUCCUCCACCAAUAGUAACUGGGCUGACUUCAGCACUAAUUGGCCCUCCAACACAGCCAGUCAGUCAGACAGCGAAGGAUGGGACGCAUGGCCAACCUCUUCAACCAGUCAAAAUCCUUCACUCAGUGUUCCCUCAGCACAGCUCCGACAACGCUCUGCCUUCACACCUGCGACCAUGACGACGGGGUCCUCUCCUUCUCCCGUGCUAGGACAGGGGGAGAAGGUCGAGGGUCUGCAGGCUCAGGCCUUGUAUCCAUGGAGAGCGAAGAAGGACAACCACCUCAACUUUAACAAAAAUGAGAUAAUAACAGUGUUGGAGCAGCAGGACAUGUGGUGGUUAGGUGAACUGCAGACCGGACAGAGAGGCUGGUUCCCCAAAAGUUACGUCAAGCUCAUCUCUGCCACCAUGACGCCCCCACCUGGUGCCACAGCACGCAGCAAAAACACUAGUGAAUCUGGAGUAUCAGAAAGUCCACCCAAUGGAAAACGUCCCUCCCCUUCCCCAACAAAACCCUCUGAGUCUGGAGAAGAGUACGUGGCCAUGUACACCUACGAGAGCAGUGAACAGGGUGACCUGAGUUUCCAGCAAGGAGAUAUCGUCAUGGUGACCAGGAAAGAAGGGGACUGGUGGACGGGCAUGGUCGGAGGCAAGACUGGAGUCUUCCCUUCCAAUUAUGUCAAACCACGAGACUCAGCCUCAGAGUCUUUGGGACCAGCGGGGAAGACGGGCAGUCUGGGAAAGAAACCAGAGAUCGCUCAGGUGAUCGCCCCCUACAGUGCCACAGGAGCAGAGCAGCUGACGUUAGCUCCAGGACAGCUCAUCCUCAUUAGAAAAAAGAAUCCCGGGGGCUGGUGGGAGGGUGAGCUCCAGGCCCGGGGGAAAAAGCGCCAGAUAGGUUGGUUUCCAGCCAACUAUGUGAAGCUGCUCAGUCCCAGCACCAGCAAGACAACGCCCACAGAGCCCACCCCUCCCAAACUGGCUCCUGCCAGCACAGCUGUGUGUCAGGUGAUCGGCAUGUACGACUAUGUGGCCCAGAACGACGACGAGCUGGCCUUCCUGAAGGGUCAGGUGAUCACGGUGCUCAACAAGGACGACUGUGAUUGGUGGAAGGGAGAGCUCAAUGGGAGAGAGGGUCUGUUUCCCAGCAACUACGUCAAACUCACCACGGAUACAGACCCGAGCACGCAGUGGUGCGCUGACCUCCACCUGCUGGACAUGCUGAGUCCCAUGGAGAGGAAGAGGCAGGGAUACAUCCACGAGCUGAUCGUCACCGAGGAGAACUACGUCAACGAUCUGCAGCUCGUCACAGAGAUCUUCCACAAACCUCUGUUGGAGUGCGAGCUGCUGACGGAGAAAGAGGUGGCCAUGAUCUUUGUCAACUGGAAGGAGCUCAUCAUGUGCAACAUCAAGCUGCUCAAGGCUCUAAGGGUGAGGAAGAAGAUGUCAGGCGAUCGGAUGCCGGUGAAGAUGAUUGGUGACAUCCUGACCAACCAGCUGCCUCACAUGCAGCCAUACAUCAGAUUCUGUUCGUGUCAGCUGAACGGAGCCACGCUGAUUCAGCAGAAAACUGACGACAACCCUGAGAUCAAAGACUUCCUGAAGAGGUUAGCCAUGGAUCCCAGGUGUAAGGGGAUGCCUCUGUCCAGCUUCCUGCUCAAACCCAUGCAGAGAGUCACACGCUACCCACUCAUUAUCAAGAACAUCUUAGAAAAUACUCCAGAGUCACAUCCAGACCACAGUCAUCUGAAAGCUGCUCUGGAGAAAGCAGAGGAGCUGUGCUCACAGGUGAACGAGGGCGUCAGAGAGAAGGAGAACUCAGAUCGUCUGGAGUGGAUUCAGGCUCACGUCCAGUGUGAAGGAUUGUCUGAGCAAUUGGUGUUUAACUCCGUCACCAACUGUCUGGGUCCCAGGAAGUUCCUCCACAGCGGGAAGUUGUUUAAAGCCAAGAGCAGCAAGGAACUCUAUGGCUUCUUGUUCAAUGACUUCCUGCUGCUGACACAGGUGACCAAACCUCUGGGCUCGUCAGGCUCGGACAAAGUCUUCUCCUCGAAAACACACCUGCAGUACCGUAUGUACAAGACGCCAAUCUUUCUAAAUGAAGUCUUAGUGAAGCUGCCAACAGACCCAUCAGGAGAUGAACCUCUGUUCCACAUCUCUCACAUAGACAGAGUUUACACACUCAGAGCCGAGAGUAUCAAUGAAAGGACGGCGUGGGUUCAGAAAAUCAAGGCAGCUUCAGAGCUCUUCAUCGAAACGGAGAAGAAGAAGAGAGAGAAGGCGUAUUUAGUGCGUUCUCAGAGGGCUACAGGUAUCGGUAGACUGAUGGUCAACAUUGUGGAAGGCAUUGAGCUAAAACCCUGUCGCUCCCAUGGAAAAAGUAACCCAUACUGUGAGGUAACCAUGGGUUCACAGUGCCAUAUCACAAAAACAUUACAGGACACAUUAAAUCCGAAGUGGAACUCCAAUUGUCAGUUUUUUAUAAAGGACCUGGAACAGGACGUCCUCUGUGUCACUGUGUUUGAACGAGACCAGUUCUCACCUGACGACUUCCUGGGCAGGACAGAGAUCCGGUUGGCUGAAAUAAAGAAGGACCAGGGCUCUAAAGGACCAAUCACGAAGCGGUUGCUACUCCAUGAGGUUCCCACGGGAGAGAUCGUUGUCAGGCUGGACCUCCAGCUGUUUGAGGAACCGUAAAAUACCUGGACAGGAUCAUACUGGACUGGACUUGACCAGACAGGAACCAAAAGAUAUGAUGUGGACCUCACAGCUGGGCUGGAUUAGACUGGACUGGAAGACUGGAUUCUCUUAGUUUGGUCUGGUUCAGUUUCUUCCACGUUGUGUAUGUUUAAGGAGAUUGGCACAUUUAGCUGAGAGAAAGUAUCAGUGUACACACUUUACUUUUUAAAUUAAAAGGAAAAACACUGAAUAUUUAGUUAAUUAGAAACAGCAAGGCCCCGAAUCCCAGACCUCUAGGGACCCCAGAUUCACAUUUGCUUUUUGGUAAUUUGAUUAAUCUUUUCAUCUAUUAUACAAUAUACACUGGGUCCUGCUUUAUUUCACCAACUUGGAGCACUGUUCUGUGUCACAAUUGAGUUGUAACUCUUAAUUGCUUUAGUGUAUAUUGUGCAUUUCAUCAAUUUACCACGAAUUUACUGAUAAACAGAUAAUCUUGGCUGGUUGGUCUCUGUGGGACCCCCAACAGGUUGAUCCAGCCUUGAGAGUGCGUCACAAUAAUUUGUGAAAAGAACAAAACAUUGCAGCUAGCCUCGCUGCUGCAUUUGAUUAUUUAAUUAGACUGGUUUUGUGGAAAUCUUAAUCAUCUUAUUUGCAAAGUAUCACAGGCAUUUAAAACAAUGAUGCAGUCUGAAUGCAGACAGUAUGGGGCAAUGGGACAAAUUGUCCUUUUUAAGUACAAUACUAUUAAAAAAUCCUUGCAGCUUUAGUGGUUUUGCACCACAUUUGUUUGAGUCGAGACAGUAAGUAAAGAGCUUAUUAUCUCAAUUUCAGACUACAUAUCAGCUUUCUGAAAUCAGUAUUGUACCUAGAACUGGAGGUCUGGAGUUUCUUCACAUCUUAAAUGUCUUAAGUACAUCUGUCCAUCCUAAAUUUAGUCAAACUGGUCUUAAAAAUGUAGCUGUUUUCUAGUUAGAAAUUGUACCAGUUAAGCACUGUACUGUGACAGAAGAACAAGCUGUUCUCAUAAUGGACUCCACGGAAAAUCCAAGUGUCUGUUUUUAUUCCAGUCCAGUCCAAUCUCCGUCUGUCCUCCUUCAGUCUGGUCCAGUCCAGUAUUUAGUCCAAUCUGGUUCACUUUGAUUUUAAUCCAGUCCAGUCCUCUUGGAGAUCGGCCGGGUCUUUACAGUUUUCUCUUCCACCGCUUCAUCAGACAGUCUGACAGACACUCCAGUGACAAUCCCAGCCCUCCUUCUGAGUCCCAACAAACCCCUGUGUGUGUUUGUGUGUGUGAGUGUGUGUCCAUGGGUGAGUGUGUGAGCAACAGACAGCUGGUGUGAAUGACUGUGUGAGUGUCAAGGUGGACAGGCUAAUUAAAGGUACGGCUCAUUGUACAUUUUUAUUUUGUUAUUUUUUAUGUCAAGUCUUACAUCUCUGUCAGAGUGUUUUGAUCAUCUCCUGAGGCUCUCAGCUGCGAGGGGACUGCAUGUAAAGGGACCUUGCUAUUUUGAAUUCUAGUCUGUUUUGACCUUCACUGAACACUUGCCACGUUAUCACAGAAAAAGCUAAAUAUGUACAGGUUUAAUGAGAAAUGCUAAUGAUGCUAAUAAGCUGAAAUUUAUAGAAAGAUUUUACCCCAUUAUAUGACAAGUGUCCAGUGUAAAUUAUAUCAAGAUGUCCCUUUCACAUGUAUCAGUUAUGAUGAUGCUGAUGAUGAUAUGGCUGAAUUAGAGGCACACGGGUGCGACAGCUAAUUUAAGUUGAGGUACUGUAAAGAAGAAUGUCUUAAUUUCCUUGUUUCUGUGAUGCACACGGGGGUCGUAGUUUUAGGUGAUUCUUGUCAAACCUCUGUUGUUAUGUUGCUGCUGUGUGGAGCUGUCACAGUGGCCGUCACUAUGCAGGGGAGGAAAAACCCUGAAAGAGUCGCGGGGCCCAGAGCUGGAUAGGGGCCCCAAGAACAUGCUAGGUACUACAGACACGUAUUUUAUAGGUACAGCCUUUUAGACCAUUUCCACACUCUAACCCUGAGGAAGCUCAGUGUAAAACAAAAUAAUUUUACUGUGCGUCGGCACUCCCAGCACUUUUAAAACACAAACACUGUUGCGGAUAUUAGAGCAGAGCAGGAUACGACUGACCAAUGUUGCACAGUGGCCAUUUUGAAUAGUCAAAGAAGGAAACUAGAUAAAACUUAACAUAUAAAAUUGUUCAUGAAUAUACUGUAUGUUUCUUUUAUUUAAUGGCUCAGUAGUCUAAGCACUGUACUUGUAAGCAAACAUUACGCAAAUAAAGGGAAGUAGUGCAUUUGUUGAGGACUAUUUUCAGCAGCAGACUGAUUCACAUUUGGUGCUCUAGUGAGUAUUUGGGGCAGGCGGUGUAUGACUGUUUACACUUGGUUUUAAAAUGUGUCUUGGGCAGUCAGAUCACAAGUGCACAGUGCGGGAUGCAACUGUAAACCGCAGACUGUAAAAUUUUGGACGUAGCUACCAUUAUGUCACCCAUUGGUUUAUGGACUCCCGAUUUGAAGCUUCGAGUUCGGCAUUACGUAUGUCACCAAUUUGUUUUUUUUUUGGAGCCAGAAGUGACCACAUUUAGGCAAGAAGCUGGGGCAGUGGUGGAGCGAGGGAUGGUGCCCUGAGCAGCUGCUCAGUUUGCUUAUGCGCCAGGCCGGCUCUGUCGGCAGGAUUGAAAUCUGCACACAAGUGGAGAUGCUUGUAAAAGACACAGAUGUGAACAGCGAUGUGUGACGGCUGUCCAGGUGUGUUCAGAUAAUAGACACACAUUUUAAAACCGAGUGUAAACAGGGUCUAUAAUGAAUUGAAACAAAAUAAACCACAGUGUGUGUUCAUGGUAAUGAAGGAGUAUGUCACAGAGUGGUCAUCGAGUUUCUGGACAACAGUGGAUAGAAAUAAGAUAUAUACACAGACAUAUUAGUAGAAUCAAGGAAAAAUAGCACAUCAUCGGCCUCAUCCUUUAAAGCUUUUUUAUUUUUGCUUUAGUACAUUAAACUUAAGAUAACCAAUUAUGAGAAUAGAAGCUAUAAUGGCUGCUUAAAUGCAGCAAGGACAUUGGCUAGCUAGAGAGCUAUUUAAAAAAAACUUCUGGUGCCUUUACAUGGGGCUGUGUCAGCUUGUUCAUGAGAAGGUGCCAAAUAAAAGGCUGCACAAGUUGUGAUAAAGGCUGACAUGUCUUUAAAAAAAUAGUAUAGUGGAAUUGUCACCUGUCAUGUUCUUGUUCUUUUACAAAAGGGCAGCAAAGAUGAGGCAUCAAGAAAUUUAACCUCUUAAUUUUGAAGCAUAUCAUUCACUUGAUUUCCUUUGAUGAAAACACAAACUCAGGAGUUACUUUGAAGGCAGCGUUAAUCUUCCCCACCAUGAGUAUUCAAAAUGGCCGCUGCAUUAGAUAACAUUGCCAGUGCAUUCGUUAAGCAGAGCUGUAGUUCGUUAGUUAGCUAGCUACUUGGCCAGUUAGUGAACUUAGUUAGUCAUUUCAAUUGUAUGCCAAGGUUACUGAAUUACCACUGAGACAACCAAUAGUUACCUUAGUGACCAGCCACUGUCCAAUCAGAAGUCAGCGAGGCUCAGCCAGUGGCAGCAGCUCGACUGUGGAGGAAGAAUGUUUGUGUUUCCCCAGACUGAUGAUGAUGAUGAUGAUGAUGAUUAAGAAUGAUGAUGAAUUUGUCUUACAUCCCCGUCAACCCCCUCCCCUUCCUCCUCUCCACACUGUACUGAAACUAAUCCAGUUUGAACCCGUUCUUACUGUCGGCCUUCCAGGUUGUGUAUAAUACUACUGCUAUCUGAGAGUUAAUAUAUGAGUGCUACGGGGGGCGAUAGAGACAGCCUGCUGUUAAUUAUCACUGUAGAAGAUGAUGUACGUUGUUGUCUUUCAAUGUUCAGAAUAAACUUCAGUUGGACCAAGA